UGCUGCUGUGUGGGUGCUACCCGCGAAGGUUGGAGGCGAGUGGCUCAGCCCGGGGAGAAGGCUGCAGUUGCCCAUGUGGGCCUGGUAGUUGUCAGGGAGGGCUUCAUCCCCCUCAGGAGGAGAGGGGGAGGGAGGGCAGCUGCUGCCUGCCUCACCGCUGCUGCCAGCAGGGCUGGCCGGCUCUGUGCGUGGGCCCUGGGCUCCCCUCUCCCCUGUGGGCUCCAGCAGGGCCUCCUGCCUCCUCACUGCAGCUUGUGCCUUCUCCAGCUGGGCCCUUUUCUUCCCUGUGGUUCUCUUCUCUUUUCCGUUUUCCUAGAAAAACACAAGUCUUUCUGAACUUCAUACAGCCAAAUCACUAUUACGCUGCUGCUUCAUUGGUCUAGCUAAUAUCUUUUUGGACGCAAUAGUAGUUGCUUGCUCAAAGUGCAGAUAUUUCAGUGUAGAGGUAAGUCUUUACUAAUGAGAUAAAUUUUAUAUUUAUGUUAUAUUUUUGUGCUGGGGGAACAAACUUCAGAGCAAAUUGUAUAUUAGAUGGAAGCAUUGUGUUUUAAUCUACAAGUCUUGUUCCACGUGAGAGAAAUUGCUUAAUCAUAUAACUUGAUUCUUAAAAGAAAUUUGUACUCUUGAUCUUUCUGCCCCAUCUUGUUUCCUGCUCUGCUUGAGUUCAUCAAAUACACCAAAAAACUUAUUUUUAAGCUUCAGCAUUGUGGUCAAACAGGUGUAACGAAAAAGAAUCAAAACUGAAGUGAACUUCCAAACUGGGUAAACAUUAAAACUUUGAUACAAAUAGCUCUUAAUCACUAAUAAAUUAUCUUAACUUAUACUCCUGCUCCAACUGCUCCCAGAAGGGCUGAGGCGCUCUGUCUAGAUUAAAUGCUCUCACAUUUAAUGGACUUCUGUGGACAAAUGGUAGAAUCCAUUAUGUCUGUCAAAGGAAAUCUGGAAUAUGAGACAGCUUAGUGCUGCGUCUGGUCUGCUGGAUUACUUCACACAAGUUAUUUUGUCUUCCUCCGAAAGUCUGCUGCCUACAGGGUGAGACCCAGCAUAAUCCACCUUUGUGUCUAGGUACCACUGCAAUGCAAACAGGCAUGCCUAAAUAACCUCAAACUAUGUUUAUGAAAUAAGUGCAUGCUCCAGUAGACAUGCUUGGGGAGUUUCUGUUUCACCACUGUGGUCUAGAUAGAGAAAACCUAGCUGUGGUGUCUACUUGUUAAUACAGCUUGUAAUUCUUGACUUCUGGUACUUUUUUUCAGAAAAACAAACAAAAAAACCUCUUCUACAAAGACCUACGUGAAAUGUAGUUGAAACUUUUUUGUUAGUAACACUUGCUAUAUCUUAUUUGAGGCUUAGUAAUAAUGGAAUGGGUUUUAAUAACUUAAUCAGUACCAUUCACAAAAACUAAAAAAUCCCUAAGUGCCAGAGUCAUCUUUGGCUUUUGAUCUUGCAAACAACCAGCAAGCAAAAGUGCACACAAGUUGGCUGGACCCUCUGUUGUUCCCUUUUACAGGAAUUGAAUAUGAUACAGUAAUCCUUUGUAUACCCUUGCUAUAUCUCCAGUUGCAACAACUAGAAAGCUGCAUUUGAAGAAAGCAAGAUGCUGAAGCUAAGAUCUUUUUGUUUAUUAUCCUUACUGACAACAAAUUCUGCUUUGUGAUAUUGCCUUUUUUAUUAUUGAUCUUUUCCUGUGUUUUGGAUGCUGUGUCCAUCUUUGUCAACUUAUGACUGAUGCUCUUUGUGGCUUUAGUCUCCAACUCCUGUGUCCUGGAAAAAAAGGUCAAAGUGUGUGUGCUCCUACAUGCUGAUGAAGGGUAUUAAUUCACCUCUUGGCAAACAGCAACUGUUGAAAUCCUUGUACCAAUUUGUCAGUUGCCUCACAAAUUUUGCUCAUAAAAGAAUAUCUAUAUUUCUUCAGGAAGUGCAUGCUAAACUUUACCACAGCUGGUGCAGUCAACUCUUCUGAGAACAUCCCAAAUCAAAGAUACUCCUGUGUUACUGAACGUGGAAAAUUCUGCAUGAGAACCUAUGAGACAUGAAGACAACUUCAGGUUACUCUGUGUACUUACUGAUGGUGAAUACCUGAGGAAAAUGAAACUAUCUUCCUCUAAAAGUUACAGUUAAUGAAACUAUCUUCCUCUAAAAGUUACAGUUUAGCAUUCAUGCUAAAAGCAGAAACAAUUCCUGUUGAUUGUGUAACAAAUUGUCUAGUUUGCUGUGUGGGUUUGUUGAGUUUUAUUGUUUUGUCUUUACUUGUUCUUGAUGCAACUACUCCUACAGUUCCUUUUUCAUAUUACAUACUAGUUUGACUGUUUACUCUACACAGGGACCCUACUAUUUCACUUUAUCCUAUGACCAGUCCUUGGACCAGUUACAGACACCGGAGAAGAGAUGUGACCUCAGAAAAUACUUGGAGCCAGGAUUUUCUCAUCCUCUGCUGUUGCUGUGUUUUUUCAGUGCUGAUGGCCCUGUAAAGGGAUUAUAAGGAGAAAUGGUGUUUUACCAUCAAUCAGUGGUGUCUGUAUGCAGAAGAGUCCUUCUAUAUGCAUGUAUAUCUUUCUUAGCAGUUGGUUACACAUGAUUUGCUCUGCAAAUGAGUGGGUAUUGUGCUACCUUAGCACUGUCCUGGCGGGAGGAAGCAGACAAACUGUAGCAUGAGCCAGAGAGUACUUACUGCAUUACAAUCAGUAUCUGAGCUGUAUUGGAAUCCAAUCUCUAUCAUAAAUAUUUAGACUGUUAGUUUCUUCUGAAAGGCAUUCUAGGCAACUGGACAGGAAGCCUUACUGCUGUAGGACUUACAAUACCAAAGCUAUUGCCAGCUGCUUUUUCCUCCACUCUCUUUUGGCUUGGAUGUCUCUUCCUCUCUCACAAAUUGUUUUUCAGAAUUACUUGUUUGUACUCCAGACUUCUUUCUCCGUUUCCUGAUGGCUAGAUCAUCUCAAAAGACUUGAGCCAGAUUCAGAUGCUAUAUCCUGCCUUUAAAAAAUUGGGAGAUGGGAGAGAACAACAAUAAAAUUAACUACAUCAAAAUCCAAAGUAUUAAUUCCAGUAAUAAAAAAAAAAAACAACUUUCCUUAGGAAGGGGUAGGAAAAUCUUGUGCUUUGGUUUUGCUCCUGCCUUACCCCCUCACCUUGCUUUGCACAUCCAUAAGCCCUGAAACCCUUUGGAAGAAUUUGUCAGUAACACAUACUGAAAAACUCAUGUAAUUACAGUGGCCCUAGCAGGUAACUGCUUCUCUCCUUGUUACUGGGGAAAGUGAGUCCCAGUCUCUCAAGCUGCAGUGAAGAUCCUAAGACUGGUUUGCAAGUGCCUUGCAUGAAUAUUUUAAUACUGUGUUUUCAUUUCUGUAACAGCUAUUGUCCAAAGAUCUCAAAGUAUUUGAUGAACUAAUGGUUUGAUUUUAUUUUUAUUUUAGGAGUGAGGUGAGCCCAUAGCUUCCAGUGACUUUAGCGGCAGCAGUGACCAGAAUGUGAAGCUGCCAGAACAGCACUGUGAUGUGCUGUCAAUCAUCCAACCUCAACUGUUGGGAAACGGAAAACUUCAUAAAAACAAAACGGUCUCUCUUUCCUGAUCAAGCCUACUUCCCUAGGAGAUGAUUUGCUCUGUAGCUUCAGUUGAAAGUGCAAGAGAUUAAACUGUAGAGGUUUGCCUUUGGCUCCUCCUGGAACUGAGUGGCCUCUUGCUGCGGAACAGGGCAUGGAAAGCCCUUCGUUGCGAACUCUUGCCUUCCAUGCAGUGCUGAACACCUGACCAUGGUCUGAUGCAGCUGAGAAGUGCAGACAAACAUCCAAAAAGUAUGAAUUCUUGCCUGUUGGAGCUUGGGUGAAGCUACCUUGAUGUAUGUCUGGAUGUCCUCCAGUGACCAUCUGGUGCUGCUUAGCUGUACCUUCUGGCCCUGAAAUGAGAUCAUCCAGGAAAGAAGCCAACAAGUUCUCAUGGCCAUUGGUCUCUAGCUUGGAUGUGUAACAAAGAGCUCCUGGAGUAAGAGAGCUCUGGAAACUCAAGCAUGGAGGGGUGACAUGACUUCCUCAAGGUGAUCUGAUGAGCCAGUGUCAGACCAGGAAUAAAAUACUGUGUUUCCGGCCUGCUAUGUGGAUUCUGCAUCACAUCAUGCUGAGAAGGUGGCAAGAAGAGUUUGAUGAGCCUCAAGAACAAAAAUCUCCAUUGACAUGCACUUCAUAACUCUCACCUGCUUUACCAAUGCAUCCUACCCCUACCAAGCAAGAGAAAGUCUUCUCUGGGAGAAAGGAAAGAAUGACUGUGAAUUUACACUGAGUCUUCCUGUUUCUGAUGUUCCAGAGGUGAGGAAAAGGCAUCCCAGAUAACUGGAACCAAGCGGACUAGAACACGAACACAGGUAUGUUUUACUCACCGCCCAGAUCUUCUCCAGUUGUUCGCGGGCACCAGAAGUUCCUGCAAAUAUAGGCUGGCCCUGGACCAUUUCAACAAAUACACAGCCUGCACUCCUGCAAGAAACCCAAGACUUAGGCCAUCAGAGUCUCCAAUAGGCUGCAGACCUCUGGAGGACAAAACAGCUGGGAAGACCUGGAGCUUUGCUGUUCUUAAACCUACCAGCCCUCUUCUGCAGCCUCAUUCUUCAGCCUGCCCUGCUGCCACCCUUUCCUAGCCUUUGACUCUGUGGAGCAGACCUGGUCUGCUAGAGAUAUGGGUGCAACAACAAACUGACCCUGCAGAGAAGCCAGCCAGCCAGGAGGCAGGCAGAAGGACUGCUGCGAAAUAGAAGUGAAUGAAGUUGAAGGCUCUCGGCCUGUUUGGUAGAGCAAGCUAAAGGAGCACCGAUCUUUACAGCAUCAUUAGUUCUAAGGAUUUCUGCCACACCAGCUUCACCAGCCUUUGAGCAUCGGAUCCACUAAGGAAUUCACUGCAGUGAAGCUACACGAUGUCAGCGCAAUUACACCCAUACAAGCCCCUAAUGCAAAGUUUGUGCCUUCCUUUUGAAAGAGGAAUGAUUUGGUGGUGAUGGAGUGCUGCCACUGACAGAUGGACUCACAGGAAAGAAGCUCAGAAGAGGCAGAAGGAGCCAGAGAGAGGGGCCUGGUCUAUGUUUGGAAGGCUGGUUCCUGCUCCGUAACUCCAGAAAGGCUUCCGGGCCUCAAUGGAAAGACUGUAUUACAGGCAGCCCUUGGAAUAAAUCAUGGCUUACUUCUAACAGAAGGUGGAGAGGUCUACAGUUUUGGAAAACUUCCCUGGAGAACAGGACCAGAGGAGUCAUAUGCUAAUAGUCCCAUCUUAGAAAAUAGUCUGCUUGGGCAGCAUGUUAUUACAGUGGCAGCUGGCAGCUUCCAUAAUGGAGCCGUAACAGAAGGUGGUGUGGUCUACAUGUGGGGAAACAAUUCUGCUGGCCAAUGUGCAGUUGCUAAUCAACCAUAUGUGCCAGAACCGCAACCCAUCAGUAUUUCUGAUUCGGAAACCAGUCCUCUGCUAUCGGUCAGGAUUUUGCAGCUAGCAUGUGGAGAGGAGCACACCCUGGCACUAUCGCUAAGCAGGGAGAUAUGGGCCUGGGGGAGUGGCUGCCAGCUGGGUCUCAUAACAACAACUUUCCCGGUGAUAAAACCGCAGAAGGUAGAGCACCUGGCAGGACGCGUUGUGCUCCAGGUUGCUUGUGGAGCUUACCACAGCCUGGCUCUGGUACAAUGCCUUCCUGUGCAGGAAAUGAAGCCUAUCCCAGAGAGGUGCAAUCAUUGCAGCCAACUUCUCAUUACCAUGACAGACAAGGAAGAUCAUGUAAUCAUAUCAGAUAGUCACUGUUGCCCACUGGGUGUAACACUGGCUGAUACCCGAAGAGAAAAUCUUCUCUCCUGUCCUUCGUUGGAGACCCUAGAAGGAAAAAGUGUAGCAGGUAGCCAAAGUGAAGAUUGUCAGAAAUCCAUUGUGGAAGAACAUAUGCUUGUUGCUUUAGAAUCUGAUGGAGCAAGCAUGCUUUCCAACAGUGAUGGACAGGAAGAUAGUGGAAUCUCUAGUCCUGCAAAUAUUCUGUUCCCCGACAAAAAAGAAGUGAAAGAGUACAAUUUGUCAGAUAAUUCAUUAAAUGAGAGCCUGGAGAAAAGCAUCAGUACAGAACCUGAGCAGCCUUCUCAAGAACAACUCAGUGCUUGUAUCUUGGCCCCUCCAAGUACCAGCACAUCCGCCUUGAACAGCUUGGUGGCCUCUUGUGCGUCAGCAGUUGGUGUGAGAGUAGCUGCUACGUAUGAAGCUGGAGCAUUGUCUCUGAAGAAAGUAAUGAACUUCUAUGGCCCAUCUUCAAGUGAAGUGGGAUCUCAAUAUGGCAGCGGUUCCCCAGGGCCUGAAGGUCUGAAAGACAGUAGAGAAGAGCAGGUCAGACUGGAAUCCAUGCAAGGAAAGAAGAGUUCCAGUUUAGUAGAUAUUAGAGAGGAGGAAUCUGAAGGAGUCAGCCGAAGACUUUCCCUGCCUGGCUUGUUGUCACAAGUUUCUCCUAGGCUUUUACGGAAAGUUGGGCGGGCAAAAAUGAGGACUGUUGCUCUGACUCCAACCUACAGUGGUGAGGCUGAUGCUCUUUUACCAUCUCUAAGAACGGAGGUAUGGAGCUGGGGAAAGGGGAAAGAAGGACAACUAGGACAUGGUGAUGUUCUGCCAAGGCUUCAGCCACUGUGUGUGAAAAGUCUAGAUGGCAAAGAAGUGAUUCAGCUGUCUGCUGGUGGCCAUCAUUCCUUAGCUCUCACUGCCAAAUCCCAGGUAUAUUCAUGGGGCAGGAAUACUUCUGGCCAGCUUGGUCACUUAAAUUCCCCAACAACAGUCCCUCGUCUUGCAAAGGUGUUUGGUGACGGUGUUUGGAGCACAGCAGCAGGACCAGAUUAUUCCCUGUUCUUAACAGACAAGGAAGACUUCCAACCUGGAUUAUAUUACAGUGGCCAGGAGACAACAACAGAAAAAGAUUUAUAUGAAAAUAACUGUACGAAGAGUCCAGUUCUGUUGUUAUCAUGUAGUAAGAUAGGGUACAUAAGCAACGUGAUAGCUGGUGGAGACAACUGUUUGGCCUUGGUAGACAAAAACAUAAUGGGAUAUAUUGCCAGUUUGCAUGAAUUGGCCUCUACUGAGAGAAGAUUUUAUUUUAAACUGAGUGAGAUCAAAUCUCAGGUGCUUAGACCUCUUCUAGGUUUAGAUAACUUGGGCAAUGCAAAUACAAUCCAAUUGUUACAGGAAAUGGCAAGCAGGUUCAGCAAGUUAUGCUAUCUCAUUGGUCAACAUGGAGCUUCUUUAAGUAGUUUUCUUCGUGGAGUAAAGGAAGCCAGGAGCUUGGCCAUCCUGAAGCAUUCCAGUCUCUUCUUGGAUAGUUACACUGAGUAUUGCACGUCAGUAACAAACUUCCUGGUAAUGGGAGGAUUUAUGCUCCUUGCAAAGCCAGCAAUAGACUUCUUGAGUAAAAACCAGGAGCUGUUACAGAAACUAUCUGAGGUGAAUGAGGAAAACACUCAGCUAGUGGAAGUUCUAAAUGCUCUGUUUUUCAUGCCGUUUGGACGACUUCAUAAUUAUGCUAGAACUUUGCUAAAGCUUGCUACAUGUUUUGAAGUGGCAUCUCCAGAAUACCAAAAGUUACAGGAUUCUAGUUCUUGUUAUGAGAGCCUUGCUGUCCAUCUUAGCAGAAAAAGGAAAGAAGCAGAAUAUACACUGGGCUUCUGGAAGACCUUUCCUGGGAAAAUGACGGACUCCUUGCGGAAGCCAGAACGUCGUUUAAUCUGUGAAAGUAGCAAUCGGGGGUUGUCCCUGCAGCAUGCUGGGAGAUUCUCUGUCAACUGGUUCAUUCUCUUUAAUGAUGCUCUGGUGCAUGCUCAGUUCUCAACGCACCAUAUUUUUCCCUUGUCCACACUGUGGGUAGAGACUCUUUCAGAAGAAGCUGGUAAUGUGAAUGGUUUGAAGAUUACAACUCCAGAAGAACAGUUUGUUCUUCUUUCCUCAACACCACAGGAAAAGACCAAGUGGUUGAGGGCAAUAAGCCAAGCAGUGGAUCAGGCCCUUAGAGGGACCUCAGACUUAAUCCUACACGGAGCUGGUGGGAACAUUCCACGACAGGAACCUCCUAUUUCUCGUAGCGCCAAAUACACCUUCUAUAAAGACCCUCGACUUAAGGAUGCCAUGUACAAUGGGAGAUGGCUUUCAGGGAAACCCCAUGGCAGAGGGAUCCUUAAGUGGGCGGAUGGCAGAAUGUACUCUGGGACUUUCCGGACUGGGCUGGAGGAUGGGUAUGGUGAAUACAGAGUGCCAAACAAAGCACUGAACAAAGAUGACCACUAUGUGGGUUACUGGAAGGAAGGCAAAAUGUGUGGACAUGGAGUCUACAGCUAUGCUACUGGUGAGGUGUAUGAAGGGUGUUUUCAGGAUAACAUGCGUCAUGGGCAUGGUCUGCUGCGCAGUGGGAAGCUGACCUCUUCCUCUCCCAGUAUGUUCAUUGGACAGUGGACAAUGGAUAAGAAGAAUGGUUAUGGAGUUUUUGAUGAUAUCACAAGAGGAGAAAAGUAUAUGGGAAUGUGGCAAGAUGAUCUCUGCCAAGGAAACGGUGUUGUGGUUACUCAGUUUGGACUGUAUUAUGAAGGAGCGUUCAGCACCAACAAAAUGAUGGGAACCGGAAUUCUGCUUUCUGAGGAUGAUACAGUCUAUGAAGGGGAAUUUGCAGAUAACUGGACUCUGAGUGGAAAGGGAACACUGACUUUGCCAAAUGGAGAUUAUAUUGAAGGUCUCUUCAGUGGAGAAUGGGGAUCUGGUAUAAAAAUCACUGGAACCUACUUCAAACCUAGCUUAUAUGAGAGUGAGAAGGACAAACCUAAAGCAUUGCGGAAACUUGGAAUCCUGGCAGUGCCUCCUGAUGAGAAAUGGAAGGCAGUAUUUGAAGAAUGCUGGAACCAGCUGGGUUGUGAGAGCCCAGGCCAGGGGGAUAGAUGGAAGGCUUGGGACAACAUUGCAGUGGCCCUGACCACCAACCGACGGCAACACAAAGACAGCCCAGAAUUAUUGAGUCGUUCACAUACUCAGACACUGGAAAGUUUGGAGUUCAUUCCACAACACAUUGGUGCCUUCACCCUGGAAAAAUAUGAAAAUAUCAAAAAAUAUUUGAUAAAGGCUUGUGAUACCCCUCUCCAUCCUUUGGGGAAGCUGGUGGAGACGCUAGUAGCUGUCUACAGAAUGACCUAUGUUGGAGUAGGAGCUAAUCGACGGUUACUGCAGGAGGCUGUGAGAGAGAUAAAGUCCUACCUCAAACGCAUCUUCCAGUUGGUUAGAUUCUUGUUCCCUGAUCUUCCAGAAGAGGGCAGUACAAUUCCAUUUCUGGUGACAGAGACAAAAGGAAGGCGAUCGUUCUGCAGUGGGAAAUCUGAUUCCAGAUCAGAAUCUCCUGAACCAGGCUAUGUUGUAACCAGCUUUGGCUUACUGCUCCCUGUAUUAUUGCCACGACUCUAUCCUCCUCUGUUUAUGUUGUAUGCCUUAGACAAUGAGCGUGAGGAAGAUAUUUACUGGGAAUGUGUUUUACGUCUAAACAAACAAACUGAUACAGCCCUUCUAAGUUUUCUUGGGGUGCAGGCGAAAUUUUGGCCAGGAACUGUAUCCAUCCUUGGAGAGAUUAAAAAGGUAUCACCAAACACAAAAGAUGCCUGCUUUGCCUCAGCAGUUGAAUGUUUACAGCAAAUCAGUACCACCUUUACUCCAGCUGACAAACUGAAGGUGAUCCAACAGACUUUUGAAGAGAUCUCUCAGAACGUGCUUGAGACUCUUCAGGAAGAUUUUCUGUGGUCCAUGGAUGACUUAUUUCCUGUUUUUCUCUAUGUGGUGCUUCGAGCCAGGAUAAGGAAUUUAGGUUCUGAAGUACACUUAAUUGAAGACCUGAUGGAUCCUUAUCUUCAGCACGGGGAACAAGGCAUCAUGUUCACUACCUUGAAGGCCUGUUACUACCAGAUACAACACGAAAAACUUACUUAGACCAUCGUUUACGACCUGGCUCUGUGGGAUAAUCUACUGAGUGGAACUUCAUUAAUGCUCACUUUCUUCUCUGAAAUGGCACUAAAAACAGGAAAAUACUCUAAAGUUACAGAUGUUCUGUUGUUACAGAUGAACAUAUUCUGUUUUUUCUUUUGAACUUUCAAUUUAAGAUGGGAAAAUUGCAGCUGGAGGCCAGCUAUGAAGAGGUGAUGAGGAUAGUUAUAAAGGAAUUUUGUUGUCAAGCACUUUCCAAGAAGAAAUCACUUCCUACUCUAACAGAAAAAUUAUUUAUUCCUUUUAAAUUAAUAGUACUUCAAAAAGGCAUGGCAUCUACACGGAAUACAUGUGAAAGUUUGGGGCACAUAGCUUCUAAAAUAGUGGGUUUGUUUUCAUUAUUCCUGAUUUGUCAACAGGGACAUUUAAAGAGAAUGAAUUGCACCACAGAACCAUUCAGUCUUCCUGAAUUAAGCUAUUACUAUAAGUCUUUGUUUAAAAAAUAAAAAUGUUAGUAUGUAUAAUGGAUAGCCUAUAGUGUGUUUUGCUGUAAAGGUUUUGAGGCAUCUUUUGUUGAACAGAGCCACUGAAAGCAGUGUUAUAAUGUGCCGUUGUGGAAAUAAUCACACUGUUACAGACUUCCCGAUUUCUUAGAAUUAUAGAUAUGUAGGCACUCGCUACUCUUUCUGUUUAUGAAAAAAAGGUGCUGACCAGUUCAGAUUUUGGCACUGAAUUAAAUACUUGAAAUCUGUAGAGUGUUCAGCUUUGUUACCCUGAGAGCUAAGGAUAAACGCUUUCUUCAGAAAUCCAUAUGACAGGAGAAGGGGAACAUGCUUUUCAACAAACUGACAAUGGAUUGGGUUUGAAACUUUUGCCUGUAACUUAUUGGUUACUUAUGUAAACGCCCAUGUCAUUGCAUUUUUGAAGAUGGACAGAACAAGUAAUUUCACUGGGGGAUUUUUGUGUAUGUGUGUGCUCCUCUGUGGUUUAUGGUCAAGUUUAUUUAUACCAAUAACACUAGUGGAUAACCUGGGUGUUGUCGAUGCUGUUCUUUACCAUGGCUGACAAAAAAGGCAGGGGGGAAUUGAUUAUGGAAUGUUAUCUCAAAUUAUCAUAGAUAAUGCUAAUCAUCUUUUGAAAUAAUAAUCAUGGCUUGUGUAUUGGCACUUAAAUGGUUUAAAAAAAAACAUAUGUCAAAGUACUGCUGGGAACAGUGACUGUAAUGUAGCAAUUUUCAUAAUAAAAUAAAAAAAAUUC